AUGGCGUUGCAGCAUGCACGAGAGCUGCUAGUCACUCUACUCCUUUGUGUUAUUGUAUGCAUCUUCUGGCGCAAGUUUUGGAACUGCCGCAAAGUACGCGACUACCGCAAGGGAGCGAAUUACCUACGUAACGUCCUCUACAAGGCCUUAUUCGAGACUCUGGUGACGCCCGCGCCUACGGCCCUAGAGUUUUGCCCCGCGAUCAAGCCCACACCGACUGAUCUAACGCCUACGUCUACGUCGGUUCAUGAUAAGUAG